CACGACUUCACACCCUGUAGAAGUUCAAGUGUCACUAUUGCAUAGUGAGUCGCCAUUGUCAUCAUGAAGGAGCUGUUGAUGCUGCUCGCUCUCGCGGCCGCCAUGGUGGCGGUUCAGGCUUGCAGGGAAAAAAGUGAAUGCCACGAGCUGAUGCACGAUGUGAUGCAUAAAGACAACAUGAAGGAAAUUAUAGGAAGCUGUAUGGAGGAAAAUGGAAUCGUCCCUGAUAUAGGUCGACGAUCUGGUGGCCGCAGACAAAAGAGAAGCCCUCAUAUGAUGCGAUUCAUUUCACGUCUUCCUGAAGCAAAUCAAACAGCCCUAGCCGAGUGUAUCUUCGAGAAAGAAGGCCUUCUCACAGUGAGUUUCCUCUUUAUAUAUUUAAACUUUACACCAAUGUAAAAGUUUUGGUAGCAG